AACUUUCAAAGUUCUUGAAUUUUCCGCAUUGACUGACCAUGUCUUAUAGUAAUGAUGGACUGUCAUUUCCCUUUGCUUAUUUGAGCUGUUCUUGCCAUAAUAUGGACUGGGUCUUUUAUUAAAUAGGGCCAUCCUCUGUAUACCACCCCUACCUUGUCACAACAACUGGCUCAAACACAUUAAGAAGGAAAGAAUUGAAAUUCCACUAUUAAACUUAAGGCACACCUCUUAAUUUAAAUGCAUUCCAGGUGACUAUCCCAUGAAAGCUGCUAUCAAGGCAAAUGGUGGCUACUUUAAAGAAUCUCAAAUAUAAAAUAUAUAGUUUAACACUUUUUUGGUUCCUACAUGAUUCCAUGUGUUAUUUCAUAGUUUUGAUGUCUUCACUAUUAUUCUACAAUGUUGAAAAUAGUAAAAAUAAAGAAAAACCCUGGAAUGAGUAUGUGAGUCCAAACUUUUGACUGGUACUGUUAAGAUAUUUUAUCAAGGUUUCUACCCAGAAACUUAACCAUUAGGAUUAGAGGUUAUGUAGCAUGAACAAGGAGUAAUUAAAAAUAAUCAACACAGCUCCAACUGGGUUGGAGGGGGGGGGAAGAGAGGAAUGCAUGUGUGUGCCUAACGAAAACAAAGAGGAUCCUUAACCUAUGUUUGAACCGACCCAGCUAUAUAUCUGUGAAGAUAAAAUAAGACAGCGAGACCCCCUCCAGGUUUUCCGUAUCUGGGGGGGACUGGAACUAAGUGGUAAUAAACUGUGGUGAGACUUCAGGAGAUAAUCCAGAUAUAGUGUGUAAUGUAUAUGUGUUAGUGGGUUGGAAUGGACUUUUGAAGCUGCUUUGUCAGAGAAGAGGAUCUAAAACGUUAUUGGAUGAAAUGUGAGGUAUAUAAACCAAUUAACAUGGUAUUAUGACCAGAGCGCUCUCGAGAAUAAAUGUUAUUGGCUAAUUUUGAUUGACUGGUCUCUGUCUAUUUUAUGCAAAUAAGAAUCUUACAAAUUCUUAUAAAACAGUGUUUUAAAUUGAAUUGGUUGUUGAACACAUAAUAACUAAAUUCAUCUAACAGGUACUGUAUGUAAAUGUGAUAUUUCUGAUAUUUUUAUAACAUUUGCUAAACUUUCCAAAAAAGUUUUGUUUUGUCUUUAUGGGCUAUUGGGUAUAGAUUAAACAGGAAAAAAACUAAUGAAUCCAUUUCAGAAUAAGUCUAACGUAACAAUGUGGAAAAGGUCAAGGUCUAAAUACUUUCUGAAUGCAACAUACACGCACAUGCAUGAACACCCAUACUCUUAUGAAUGAUUAUCCAACAUAAUUAGGACUUUGCUCUUUUCGGAAAUGAUUAAACUGGCCCAGUCAAUCACAAAAUGAAUUUGACAAAUCAUUGUACAAUCUUCAGCCAAUUGUAGACGCUGUUUACUGACAUUCCAAUGGUUCAUCAGAGGGUGUAAAAGUGUAAUGAUUGUGUUUUAAAGGAGGAAAAUGCCUCAAUCAUAAUUGUACAGUAGUAUUAUCUUACUGUUUUAAAAAUGCCAUCAAAGGGAGUUAAACCUUUUAGUUGUGUAUGCAUUCACUGAUGAUUGUGUUUUCUCCUUGUUUGAGGUUUGUGAGGACUGUCGGCAGUUGCUCUGUGAGACAGGGGCCUCUCCGUGCUGCUUGGUAUUCUGCUCAGUCUCCUAGCGCUCCUCUAAGGAAGCCCAGACCCACAAUGCCUCACUUCAGCACAGCAGUGUCAGCCUAGUGAAAAGAGGAGACCGCAGGAGAGACUGAAAAUCAGUGUAAACUAAAUUCUGUCAACAGAAAUCCUUGGCCUGAAUCAGUCAUAACAUUUCCAUUUUAGCAGACACUCUUAUCCAGAGUGAUUUACAGGAGCAAUUAGGGUUAAGUGCCUUGCUCAAUGGCACAUAGGCAGGCUUUUCACCUAGUCAUCUCAGGAUUUGAACCAGCAACCUUUUGUUACUGCCUAAAUGCUCUUAAUCACUAGGCUACCCAACCCUAGUCAUUUGUUUAUACUCUAGCCAGGACAUACUGUUUAGCAUAUAAUUAAUUCAAAACAAAUCUGUGCCAAGUAAAAAACCAUUUGAUUGUCAAUAACUCAGUGUCCCCAAUGUCUUGUAGUGAUAAUGCCUCUGCGUCUUUGUUACCUACACACCGUAGUACUGUACACUGAGGUGUCACCACAAUGGCCCAGGGAAGUAAACCCUAUAGUGGGGGUAAACAAAUGCUAUCAGUGCCUCCUAGUUCAGUCAUGUCAGGUAUAGGGAGCAGGUGUUGCUGUGGAUUCCCAGACAGGUAGGCAGGGAUAUGUAAGGGCAGGUAUUCAUUCAUCUCAGGAUGGUCCCUGCUCGUAAAGCAAUGGGAGGAAUGUCAUGUCAGCUUACUGCCCACAUACAGAACAAAGAUGAAGGGGACUUCUGUGAUCAUAUAGUCAACCACCUCAUGAUUACCAUCAUCUGUGCAUUACUGAGGACAAACAGGUGCCAUCCUAGUCAUCUGACAUUAUGCCACUAAUGUGAGGACUAUGUUGGUGUGCUGUCCACUAGGCCUGGGAGGCAGUGAGUUCCUGCAGGUGCUUCAGCUCUCCCACAACAGGAUCUCUGGCCUGCAACCUGGAGAUCUUUGCAGGUGCCCCCAUCUGAGAGAGCUUUGCCUGCAGCACAACCACAUAUCCAACCUCCACCCACAUGCCCUCAAGGACCUCCCAGAGCUCAGGGUCCUGGAUCUGAGCUUCAACCUGUUGACCACAAUCUCUCCAUCCGCCUACCUGUCGCUACGUAACCUGAAUGCCCUGGUGGAGGUGAGUGGUAACAGGUGGAGGUGUGACUGCAGCCUGCGGAGCGUGAGGAGGUGGAUGGCCUACGAUAGGCAAAGGGCCCAACAGCAGAUCUGGAGGGGGGUGGUGUGUUCCUCCCCCUCCACCCACACCUGUUACACUUGGAGGACAGUGACCUCACCUGCUCUACAGAGGAGAACAGGGAGGGGCUCCACCAGGAUGUGACAGUGACUGAGGGGACAGAGAUCCUGCUGCCCUGCGGCACCCUGCGGCAAAGAUUCAACAUGGUGGACGACUAAUGGACAAGUUUCUGGAAGUCAGAUGGGCCUGCUGAUCAGUGACAUCACAGAGGAAGACGCAGGGCUGUACGUGUGCAUGUCUGGGCCAGAAGAGCAGUAUAUAUAUCUGUAUUCAACAUCCAUGUUCACAAGACACAGAGGAAAAGCAGAGGCACCAGGAGUUUACACGGGGAGAGGAAGCUGAUACACACAGAGGUAGACAGCCUACAGAGGGAGGAUCAGGGGACAGACCUGAACUCUCUAGAUCUCCACAGGGCUUCUCAGAGAACACAGUCUGACCUGGUCCUGGCUGUCUGCCUGUCUGUAUUCAUCACCUUCCUGUUAGCAUUUAUACUUGGUGCCCUUUCCAGACCUCUCUUGGACCCUCUCUGGAGGAGGUGCUGUAACCGUACCAAGCAAAGCUCCUCCCCAGCCCAGUCGCUCUCCUCUGCUGGGCAGGGACCCUACGACAAUGGCGCCUAUUCAGAUGAGGCGCAGGAGGAACUAGGAACACACAGGGAGAGUAGUGUGACAUUCAGAGGACAUCCUUCAGAAAUAAGGGAUCAGAGUAGCAUUACAUACUAUGAUACGGUGGCCAAUGGCAGACAGGACAACCUCGCUGGGGAAUAUGAUGCAACAUAUGAGAAUGUUUAUGCAAAGGAUCUCACACCCCUCCCUUGAGGUCCAUCACCCACCUGACGAGAAGCCCAGGGCACAGGACUCUGUCAGCUCAGGCAGCUCCCAACAGGACAGCCCAGAGACAGACACCCAUAGUGGAGAACUCUCUGAUGUCUCUCUGAGUGAACCACAAAUGGGUGCUCACCCAGUCCAUACCCACCAUGGCAUGGAGUUUGAACCCAUCCCUGACCCAGAACAGUUGCAGGGAUAUCGAAGCUCAUCCGUGUCUUCACACUCUGACCAGGAGAGGCCGGAUAGGGAUCAGGAUAUGCACUGGCCCAAAAACUAUUUGGCUCAAAGAUUGGAAGAGAAGUGCAAGACCCAGAACAAUCCCUGGGAACAUCAAUCCCUCCAGAAGGAAGAUGACUCCUUUGAGCAGAGUUCAGAUUUCCCUAUGGUUAAACAAGUUGAUGUGCCACAGAUCAAGAUCGGCAGCGUGGGUGAGAUCCCUGGAUUUACAGCUGAGCCCUUUACGGAUUGGAAACCAAUCAAGGCAGAUCCAAACCCCAUGGAGCCUGAGCUGUGGAAUGACAGUGGAGAGAGCUUUGAGUUCCCUGAUUCUAUCCGAGGUGCAUCGGGACAGUCCAGCAGUCAAGAUCUCUCAGGUUCUGCUUUUGACGAUCAGUUGAGAAAGAAGUAUGAACAAGCUCGGAAUGAAGAACCGCUGGUGAAAGACCAGAGGGAGAAUAAUAAACUGCUGGAGCUGAACCUAAGUUACAGUGGGAAUGAACCUACAGUGUACACUGUGAACCCAGAGACAGAGGUAGUGAAGGAGAAGAUGAUUGUCCAGAAUGUGGGUGAACUGAUACAGGAAGUUCAGAGUGCUCUGAAAACACAGGAGUGCUAUGAUAUGUCCAGUGAUCGUGGGGAUGAACCCACAAAGUGCACCGUGAAUGAGGAGGAUUCAGCUCAAGUUCCAGAUGUCAUGUACAGGGAUCCAUCUCUCAGUCUUGGAGACACUGUCUCUUUGGUGUCAAGGAAAACUCUGAAUAUUGGCUUUAAGAAAUACACCAAGCCCCUUCCACAGCUGUCUUUGCCAAAAACAUCCCUCCCUUUCUCCACCUCUUCAGAUUCUCAAACUCAACUCUAUGUCCCCCCACUUGGGAGACGUCUGGAUAGCCAUCCCCCUCAGGAAGCUCCACCUGCUGCCCCAAGAACACCCCCACCCUCUGGUUCAUCCUCUUCUAGAACCGGGAGCGAGGAUGAGACUACAAUGAACCGAAAAAGAGAAGAGAAAGCUAAUAUCCCUGACGUCACAUAUAGGGAUUACUCUCUCAGAUCUGGAGACACAUCAACUAAACUAUCUUUCUCUCCAAGAAAAGAUCUAAAUAUGGGCUUUUCCAGCGAGAGUGCUCAAUAUCAACAUGAGUCUGUGACAAGGUACGAGAGUGUCACCAGAACAAAGGGUGUAGACUUUGAUGAAGACAGCAAGCUUCGUCCCCAAAUGUCUUUGCCCAAAACAUUACUCCUUUCCAUCACCUCCUCAGACAGGGUCAGAGCUGAGGAGCCAUCAGUUAAAAUCUACAUCCCUGGACUUAGGAGGCGUCAGAAUAUUCAGCCCCCUCAGGAUGCUCCACCUGCCAAAUCAUCCUCUUCCAGCUGUGAGAGUGGAGAUGAGACUCCAAAACACACAAUGAAACCAGCUAAAGCCAUCACAGAUUAUUUUUCCCCAAGAAGAACACUCAAUACCAGCUUUAACAACUCAGCCAGUACCACAGAUGAGGUGGAGAGGAAGUCCGAAGCAGAGGACAGGUGGGAUCAGCCAAGGCUUGGUAAAGUGAAGGCGCUAUCAGAGAGGACACGAAGGGACACAGAGGAAAGUUCUACAGACAUGAAUGUUUCUUUCUCCCAAAUAAGAGCGCUCAAUAUCAACUUUGAUGCCUCAGACAGCAGCACAGACGAGGUGGGGGAGGAGUACCGGAGCAGACUACAGUAACCCUACUGAAGAAAUCAGUCCCUCUCCCCAACUGUCAUUGUACAAAACAUCACACUUUUUCUCCACCCCCACAGAUGAGGCGAGGCCUAGAGGAGAGUAUUCACUCCAAAUUCCCCUACACAGGAAGCGCUUAGUUGUAGACAGCCAGCCCCCCCCCUGGCUCUACCGGAUGCCCCAGCAACACCUCCACCAUCCCCAGAGGGAGAGGAGGCAGCAGGGUCUGGGUGGAGGAGUAGGGAACAACAGAUAAGAGCCAUGGAUGGAUUUGGCUGUAACUCCACGACACAGGGAGACCGGAGCUAUAUGGGGUUAGUGGUUGCUAAACCAUUCGGCAUAUCUCGUCCAUAUCAGAGCGUUACCUCAGAAACCAUUAUGACCACCCGGUGUAGUGAGGUCUCUACCUCUGGUGACCUCAAUAUGACCUACUCCAACUCCCCCCCUCCAUUUUGAAACACACAAAGAGGGCAGUGAAGCUUGAGAGCUACAACUGUAAUUGUUUGUACUGAUUAAAGAAAUGACCUGAGAAGUUAAUGCAGCAGAUGAAAGUUGUUAAAACGUAAGUUUAUUUUACAGAAUUAUACUGUUAUUACAUUGUUGUAAAUGAGUGUAACACCAGACAUGUUUGUCUUAAUGAAAAUAGCUGUGUAAGUGACUGAAUUAUUUCAGACUGAGGCAAAUAAAAGGUGGGACCAUUAAAACCCAAUUUCCCAGAUUCAUAUCCACCUACUUUACUCACUCAGUACCCUACUCCCCUCUAUUUUGCUACAAAAUCCUCUUCAUGACACUAUCAUAAAUAAACCUGUAAUGAAAGUC